CGCACCUCGACCGAUUCUGAAUUUCCCAAGACUACCGUCCCUAUAUCCAUAUUAUAUAUUGCCUGCCCGAGAAGCCACCUGCGAUGCACAAAUAAAUAACACGUAGUUAUGGAGAUUCACCCUACCAUUUGUCUUUCUCUUACAUUUACAUAUGUUUCUAGCUAUUUGGUUGUGUCUGAGGACGUAAACGCCUACGCAUCGCCGCGUCUCUGAGGACCAUUCUCAAUUUCUCUUAUUGUGCUGCGACAGUGUAUGGCGGCUGCGGCGAAACAAAGCUGUUUGUUUUCCGUGCGGCGAGAAGAGCACCUGGUGUUGCGGCUGGGGAGCUCUUUGGUGUGGAGGAAAACAUGUGCGGCGGCGGGGUCUCCGUUGAAACUGAGGUGCUGUGGCGGCGUGGGCUGUUCGUCGCCGUCGCCGUCGCCGGAGAAGAGAGGCGUCGACGGCGGCGAUGAUCAGUUCGUGAGGGUGAUGAGAGAGGCGGAGCCGUACUUCGCGGCGCACAGAGGCAGUACAUUUGUGGUUGUUCUCUCUGCCGAGAUCGUCGAUAGUCCACACUUGUCUUCCAUACUCGAGCCGGCAAAAGGCUAUAACCUAGAAGUAGAAGAGCCUCUAUACUUUCUCGUGCUUUCUGGAACACCAAUUUCCAUGGCCACUACGUCUCAAAGUCCAUGCUUUCCUGCACUAUGCCGGAAUCGGCGGACUUUCUCCCACACAAGUACAACUAUUUGGACUCCUCGAUUUCGAAGCUAUUUUGAUUUGCGACGGCUACAAGUCGAAUUUCGUUCACCAAAUCCUUCGUCUUCGAGUAGGUAUAGGUCGAAAGAUGUAUCGGCUCAGUGCGAUGCAUUCGGGGAGACGGCAGGUGAGAGUAUUGAAGCCAGCAGUGCCCUGAAGGAUGAGCUUUUUAUUAGGUUUUUCCGAGAAGCUUGGCCUUAUUUUCGUGCACACCGAGGCAGCACUUUUGUUGUGCUCAUUUCUGCUGAGAUUGUUGAUAGUCCUCAUUUGGAUGCUCUUCUCAUGGAUAUUUCUCUCCUUCAUGGCUUGGGAAUCAAAUUCGUUCUUGUGCCAGGGACCCAUGUGCAGAUUGAUAGCCUUUUGUCUGAGCGUGGAAGUGAACCAAAGUAUGUAGGUCGCUACAGAAUGACAGACGCUGAUUCCCUCGAGGCAGCAAUGGAUGCUGCUGGCAGAAUUCGUAUACUGUUAGAGGCAAAGUUAUCACCUGGACCUUCCUUGAGUGGUGUCCGUCGACAUGGAGACAAUAGUCGCUGGUAUGAUGGUGUCAGUGUCACCAGCGGCAAUUUUCUAGCAGCUAAGAGAAGGGGAGUUGUUGAGGGAAUUGAUUAUGGGUCUACUGGUGAAGUGAAGAAGAUUGAUGUCUCUCGAAUACGUGAGAGGCUUGAUCAAGACUGCAUUGUGUUAAUUAGCAAUCUUGGUUAUUCGAGUUCUGGACAAGUAUUAAAUUGCAACACAUAUGAAGUUGCUACAGCCUGUGCCGUGGCCCUUGGUGCAGAGAAACUAAUUUGCAUUAUCGACGGCCCAAUUUUAGAUGAAUCUGGGCGUCUAAUUCGUUUCUUAACUCUUCAGGAUGCUGACAUGCUGGUUCGUAAAAGAGCUGAACAAAGUGAAACGGCGGCAACUUACGUGAAAGCUGUCAGUCAUGAAGAACUAUCUUCUUUAGGCUAUAAAGCUUCAAAUGGAUCAGUGCUUUCUCAAAAUGGGAAUGGAUUUAGCCAUAGAUAUAAUGCCACAUUCCAAAAUGGUGUUGGCUUUGACAAUGGGAAUGGACUUUGGUCUGGUGAACAAGGUUUUGCUAUUGGAGGACAAGAGAGGCUAAGUCGACUAUAUGGUUACCUUUCAGAGUUAGCUGCUGCAGCUUUUGUUUGCAGAGGAGGUGUUCAAAGAGUUCAUCUAUUAGAUGGCACCAUUGGUGGUGUUUUAUUGAAGGAGUUGUUCCAAAGAGAUGGAGUUGGUACGAUGGUGGCUAGUGACCUUUAUGAAGGAACACGAAUGGCAAGGGCAACCGAUAUUCCUGGAAUAAAACAAAUAUUGCAACCUUUAGAAGAGUUUGGAACAUUGAUCAGGAGGACUGAGGAAGAGCUUCUUGAGGCCUUGGAUUCAUUCAUUGUUGUGGAAAGAGAGGGUCAAAUUAUAGCUUGUGCUGCUCUCUUUCCAUACUUCAAAGAAAAAUGUGGAGAGGUUGCUUCUAUUGCUGUUUCUCCUGAUUGUCGAGGUCAAGGACAAGGAGACAAAUUACUUGAUUACAUUGAAAAGAAGGCAUCUUCUCAUGGGAUUCAAAAGCUUUUUCUCCUUACAACUCGAACAGCAGAUUGGUUUAUAAGGCGUGGCUUUUCAGAAUGUUCCAUUGAUCAGAUACCAGUGGAGAGAAGGAAAAAAAUCAACCUUUCACGUGGAUCAAAAUAUUACAUGAAGAAGCUGCAACCUGAUAGGAGCGGUAUUCGCUUUGGUAGUGUUAUUGCGUAAGAGCAAAAGAGAGGAUUGUUAUGCCCACAUAAUUGGCUGUACUGUGUAGCUAAAGCUUGUAGCAGUGUCUCUGUAACUGAGAAGCUGAAUUAAGAAGAGGUAGUGUGCAAGGAGAUAGAACACAAGACGCCAAAAUGCAGAGGUUGGGCAUGUCAUAAAAAUUCAUGACAUGCCAAAUAAUAUGUUUGGAUAUGAAACAAUUGUGAUAUUUUGUGUCCUAAUUAACUGCUAUUGGUUUAUUAUCCCUUUGAUUUUGUCCUGAACAGAUUCACAUAGGUCUAGGUAGGCAAUGCUCAACCAAGUUGACACUUGAUUUGUUAAUUACAAGUUAUAGAUUUAACUUUUUGUAAAAA